AUUCUGUGUGACUUCCUGAUAAACGUUUCAUUUUCAUUCUGGGGCAUACUAGUUUAUUAUAAACUACUCUGGUUCUAGUUGUAGCAUGUCACACUUAGACGAAAGCGAUGCGAUCUCUGCGCUGACUGGUUUUUCCUUGGAUCAUAUUCUCUCUGGCUUAUCUCUUCCGGGUGGAACUGGACUAUCAAAUCAGUUGGGGAUUUCUGGUAUUCCUUCCUUGAGCUCUAGUCAGAUCUACAACGAGAAAUGGGAUGAUGAUGCCGUGGGUGUCGGUCAGGGUGAGGACUGGGAGGACGAAGUCGACAAAGAAAUGGAGGGAGAGGUUUCUGACGAGUCACCAGUCAAACUGGAAGCUCAGUCUCCUGUCGGAAUUCGUCGCAAGCAGAAGCGUACACGAAUUGUCAAACGCCUUGUGGAAAGACCAAAGACCGUCUACGAGAGAUUCCCAGCUUUCGAAAAGGAUAAGGUAUUGGAUUUCUCUGAGUUGUUCAAAGGCUAUACUGGUAGGAAAUCGCGUUUAGGAAAGAAACCGGUGCAUGUCGAAACGGUUUAUCCGAAGAAGCGAGAUCCGCAGAAAGGCUUUCUGGACGCUGUGUUGGCGAUACCAGACGUCGAGUUGAAAACAAGCGAGUAGAGGCAGUAGUAUCAUCUGGGAGUGUCGAACAAGAUUUACUAUUGGCAUUAGAAGAGCGCGAAAAAUCUGAUGUGCCUGUCAACCUACCCCUCCAUGAUCGAGCUUUCGACCUCGUUAUUAUUUCAAACUGGGAGGACCAGAUUAUAUACGAACCAGAAACCCACUUAACCCAUGCGCCCUCCAGUGGCACAAGUUUAAGUAUGCCCGUCAAUAAGGUACUGGAAUCUGGUGCGUGGACACAAAGCAUAAUAUGGGGUCCCGGAACUCUAUAUCGAGACUUUACGCAACUCGAAUUCAAUCAUGAAGAUGAUGUCGUGCCAGAGGAGCGACCUCAUGUCGAGACCGUUCGGCCCAGAAAGCGUCUUAGGACCGAUGUUGGUAUCACUCGGGACAAAUUCAAUCUUUCCAACGAUCAAUUCUAUGAAGUUGCGAAAGAAGGAGGGCGUCAUCGCGUGCGCCAAACAUUUGGACAACUCGUUGUGGAGCAUGCAUAUCCGUCGCAGAAGCUACAAUUACCAUUUUAUAAAACUCGGCUCUCAAAGCAGGAGGCGCGUUCCUUUCAUCGCCCUGCUUUGCAAUUCCCGACAAAUAUCGAACUACGGUUCAGUAAGGUGCGCACAGCGAAAAAAAAGAAA